AAAAAAGAAGAAAAAAUGUUGCAUAGAGCAGCAAGAAAUGCAUAUUCUUGGUGGUGGGCUAGCCAUAUUAGAACAAAACAGUCAAAAUGGCUUGAUGAAAACCUCCAAGAUAUGGAGGAGAAGGUUGAAUACGUACUCAAGAUCAUAGACGAGGAUGGAGAAUCCUUUGCAAAGCGGGCUGAGAUGUACUACAGGAGGAGGCCUGAGCUCUUGAACUUCAUAGAAGAUUUUUUCCGGAGUUACAGAGCUUUGGCAGAGAGAUUUGAUCAUUUAUCCAAAGAUCUUCAGACUGCUAAUCGAACCAUUGCAACUGUUUACCCUGAGAGAGUUCAACUCGCGAUGGAAGAAGAAGAUGGAGAACAAUUUUAUGCAGAAUUAGGACCUCCUAAGGAAUCAAAUGAGCCUUCCAAAAGCUCACCAGCAGCCCCAAAGUUAAGUUUCCCAAAAGUUCCUUCAUUUGCCAAACGAAAUGCUAAACCAUCAAGGUUAAUGUCAAAGAAGGGGCUAAUAAAGUUCAAUGUUGAUGAUGAAAUUGCUGCUGCUCGUCCAAGAUCAGGUUUGAAAAAGUCCGAGGCACUCCAGGAAAUCGAUAGGCUUCAGAAGGAUAUUUUGGCACUUCAGACUGAGAAAGAGUUCAUCAAGAGCUCAUAUGAAAAUGGGCUAGCAAAGUAUUGGGAGAUCGAAGAACGGGUCACUGAGUUGCAAUCAAAAGUUAGCAGCUUGCAAGAUGAGUUUGGCAUUGGCACAAUGAUCGAGGAUGAUGAAGCUCGGUCAUUGAUGACAGCCACAGCUCUGAACUCAUGCCAAGAGACCUUGGAUCGGUUGCAGGAAAAACAGAAGCAAUCAGUGGAAGAUGUUAUAGUUGAGCAUCAAAAGAUUUUAGAGGUCCUUGGGAAAUUUGAGACUCUAAAGGGAAAGGUUGUCAGUCGCCUGCCUCAUCCACAAGUCCUCUCUGAAGUAAAUAAGUCUUCCAAUCAAGAUUCGGAAUUGAAGUUGCUGAACCGACAAGUGGAAACUUCUGAAAGAGAGAAGCAUAAUGAAGAGACAGUGCAUAAGGAGCUGGUAGCUAGUUCUGCUAGUUCCAUGUCUGAUCUGGCAGAGAAGGUUGAUGAACUUGUAGAUAAAGUCAUAAACUUGGAAAGUGCUUUCUCUUCCCAGAAUGCAUACGUAAAUAGAUUAAGAGCGGAGACAAAUGAACUUCAUUCACAUCUGACCAAAGCGGAAGAGGAGAAGGGGACUUUGGUUGAAGAUUCCGAGAGCAUGAGCCAGAGGAUCAGACAACUGGAGGAAGAACUUCUCAGGGUUCAGAAUCUCAAUGAAAGAUUUAGUUUUGAUGAUCUCUCUGAGAAAUUGCACAAUAACAGGCAAGAUGAAGAUGUCAAAGUUACUUUGUCAUCCAAUAAAGUUAUCAAUGUUUCAGGAGUCGAUGAGGCAAAGCAGUUUCAAGCCCAUGGAGCAAUCAUACCUGGAGAAAAUGUUGUAGGUAGCUCCAAUGAGGUUACCAGUAAGGAAUGUUUGAAGAAAGAAGGCCUGAAAGGACAGGAGGAUUGUCGUGAAGUUGUCCAUCAAAGCCUUGUUGAAAGUCACUUGAGCAGCAGUACUCUAGACGGACAGGCAGGUGGCACUUUAGGUGCUAGCCAGGGUGUUUCAGGUGUUGAAAAGGCGAAACAGUUUCAGGUCAAUGAAGCAAACAUUCCUGGAGCAGAUGUUCUAGGUAUCUCAAAAGAUGUUAGUAGUAAGGAGGGUCUGAAGAAAGAAGUCUUGCAAGAACAGGAGGAUUGUCUUGAAGUUGACCAGAAAAACCUUGUUAAAAGCCACUUUAGCAAUGAUACUCGAGAUGGACAGACAGGUAUAACUUUAGAAGAUAACCAGGGAUCAGGGUUCACAGACAAAGAGAUGAUGAUGACCACCACUACUACCACAGGUAAAGAACAAAAGUUUCCAAAAGCCGAUCUUCAGAAUGACCAAGACAAUUUUAUCAAAAGUACCGUGGGAGAUGCUGCAGAUGUUGGGAUAGAAAAAGGGUCUGAUAAAAGUCACGGGCAUGUUACAGAUCGUGGUUCAGACACCAAAAAAAAUGAUGGAAAGGUCGAGCUAAGGGGGACAAAUGACAGUGCAAACAGAAGCAAUUUUCUUGGUUCUGCUCCUGGUUAUGAUGCACUGAUCUCAACAGAUAUCAGAAUGGGAGGGGAAGCAAAGAAACAAGAUAUCCAGGAUAAUCUCAUUCUCUUCAAAGGUGAAGCUGAAAAGCUUUCCAUAUCCGACCUUCAGAAUGACCAUGACGACUCAACCAAAAUUGGUUGUGUGAAGGAUGUGGAAGAGGUUAAGUUAGAAAAAGGGGUUGACAAAAGUCAACAAGUACAUGUUACAGAUCAUGGAUCACCUACCAAGAAAAAUGUCGAACAAAAGGGGGCAAAUGAUCUUGCAGACAGAAGGGACAUUUUCCCCAGUUCUGUCGAAGAUAAAGAAGAAAAGCUUUACAAAGCCAACCAUCAGAAUCAUCUGAAUGACUUUAUACAAGAAGCUCCACCAAGGGAUUCUCCAGAUGUAAAUAUGGAGAGAGGAUUUGUUGAAAGUGAAAGCUUUCAUACAUCAAAUGAUGACUUGACCACAAAAAGAUAUGCGGGGAAGGAAGAGCAAGCCAGGACAAAAGAUGCUGCAGACAGGAGCCAUUUUUUUCACAUUGUUGAAGGUAAAGAAGAAAUAUUUUACAAAACCCACCACCAGAAUCAUAUAAUGUAUUGUUCCCAAAAUUCGAUGGAAAUGAAGUCUGAUGAAAGUUAUUAUCUACAUGUUUCAGAUAAUGAAUCUGCCAUCAGAAGAGAUAUGAGAAUGGAAGAGCAAGCAGGCACCAAAGAUAUUGCAGAGAAGAGUGGUCGUUUGCAGAUUCCCCCGGAAGGUAAAGAAGAAAAUAUUCAGAAUUCCAACCAUCCGGAUUACCAGUAUGAUCUCCCUGCAAAUGUUCCUAUAAGGGAUGCUUCUAACGCCAAGAUGGAGAAGGCCUUUCAUGAAAGUGAACACACACAUAUUUCAGAUGAUUCCGCAGCUAUCAGAGAAGAGAGAGCGGAGGAGCUAGCAGUGAAGGAUGCUUCACAUGAAAGUUUGUCUAUGAGUUCAGACUAUGAUUCAGAUAUCUCAAAAGACAUCAGAGUUGGACAGCAAACAAGAAGAACAGACUUUACAGACAAGUUUGCUUCUUCUACAAGCGAAGAGGGGAGAAGUUUAUCCAAUGAUCUAUUGCAGGUUAGUUCAUCUGGAGCAACUCUAGAUGGCACUUCAAAAGGUGGAUCCAAUGAAGAUGUUCAUACAAUGAAUCCUCCUCAUCAUGAUUCAGUUUUCUUUGAAGACACAGAGAUACAACUUGAGAAACUGGAUUAUGAUCCUUCCAAUUCACAGAAUUACCUUAAAAACAUCCAGGUGAAGGGUCGAGGAAGCACUCCUCAAAAGUCCACUCUAGAAAAAUCAGACCAAAGUGAAGAUACAAGAGCAUCCAGUAGUGGCUCAGGGAUCUCAAUCACUAUGAACAACAAAGGUAGAGAGAAGGUAGGUGAUGAUCAUCAUCUCAAUAUGAAUGACAGCAAGCAAUCAGAUGAUCUUUCAAGAAGGAUAGAUUUCAAGAAUAAAAUUGAGUCGGAGGAGCAAAACAAUGAGUUCUCUCACAAUUUCAUUCAAGCAAAGCAAGAUGGUGACUUUCAACAAUCCAAUUGGCAUAACCAACUUGAAACACAUUCAGCAAGGGUCCAUGUGAAGGAUAUUCCAGGCCCCGUCCCAGAUGAUGAGCUAGAAGAAUGGGAAAGUAUUUUAGAUAAUCUUCCAUCUGUCUUAAGUGAUUAUAAGAGAGAUGACCUACACAAGGAUGAUCUCCCAGAUCAAGGGAAUGGCGAAGAUUCAAGGAGGCAAGUGUUCAGGACAAUUCACAAUGAGCUCUACACAGAACAACAUGAAUCUGGAACAGAGGAUGACCAACCAAACUGGAGAGCACUGUUCCUAAACAGCCUGGAUGAUGACAGAGAGAAGAUACUACUUGAGGAGUAUACAUCAGUUCUUAGAAAUUUCAAGGGUGUGAAGAUGAAGCUCAAUGAUGAGGAGAAGAAAAGGAGAGCGAGCCACUUCCAAUAUGUUGUGCAGAUGAAAGUUCUAAAGAAUGCUAAUGCCUUGAAGGAUGCACAGAUUCUAUCCUUACAGCAUAGAUUGAACUCACUUCAGUCAAAAGACGUUGAAACAAUAAACUUCAAUGAAAUGCCCAAGGAAGCAACCUUGCAAGCUGCUGACAUGAGACAGGAAUCAACUGCACCAGAAGACAGAAGGAUCUCAGAUAUUGGGGAGGAUAGCAGAGAUAUCAAAGUUACUGAUGUUGAUGAAACACACUCCUUCACCACUGUUGAAGAGAAAGUACGGAUGGACAUUGAUGAUUUGCUGGAGGAAAACAUAGAGUUGUGGCUUAGAUUUAGCACCUCAUUUCAUCAACUACAUAAGUUUCAAACUUCAGUUCAGGAUUUACAAGAUGAAAUAAAUAAAGUGAGGGAAGAGCGCAAGCAAGAUACAGGUCUACCACAGUCACUACUAUCAGGCAUCCGCCCAAUCUAUAGGCAUCUAAGAGAGAUACAUACUGAGUUGACAUUGUGGUUGGACCAUAAUGCAGUACUGAAAGAUGACUUACAGAACAGGUUAUCAUCUCUAUCUAAUAUUCUCGAUGUGAUAACAAGAUUGUCAAGGUCCAAAGAGAAUGAACCAGUGUUGAAUGCCUAUCAAGCAGCAAAGUUUCAAGGUGAGAUUUUAAACAUGAAGCAAGAGAACAAUAAACUAGCAGGUGAACUUGAAGUAGGGAUUGAAUGUAUUCGGAAACUUCAAAAUGAGAUUCAAAGCACACUGUCAAACCUGGACGAAGAACUUGGGCUGAAAAAACAACCAGCAAGGCCUCGAUCCAAAAUUCCCCUAAGGUCCUUCUUGUUUGGAGUAAAGUUGAAGAGGCAAAGGCCGUCCAUAUUUUCCUGUGUGAAUCCAGCAUUGCAGAAACAGUACAGUGAUUUAUAACAGCACCAAGAUAGAUGCUUUUAUAACAGCAGUAGCCAGAUAGAUGUCUCUUCC